UAUGAAGUCGGCGUACAUACGUAUGUGUCAACACGUGUUAAGCAAUUGGAAAGCACCUUUAUAGUGUAUGUAUACAAAGUGUAAGCAAGAAGAACAAACCUAUUGUCUUUGUUAUCAUGGUCGUGGUCGGUAUGACAUGUUUCCUAACCUCAAUAGUUGUCAACCUCAACAAUAUUUUGUUUUAUGAAACAGACGGCCGGAUUUUUUCGUUUUGAGUGAAAACGCGUCGAAUAAAGAUGUUUUUAAAGAAAAUUGAAGUGAGGAGCGUAUUCUAAAUAAUUUAUUUUUUCCAUCUGCAUUGAACUAUCAUUGGAAUUAGCGCGAACUGCUUGGUUCGGUCUUCUCAACUGCUGUGAAACCUAACCUCAGAUUCAAUUUAAAGUAAGAUUUGAACGAUGAGAACUAGAAGAACUAUGGCCAUUCUCGGAGUGGGUUUGAUCCUCGCCUCCUGUGUGAUGAUUUAUCUUAUGAUGGAUUUGAUACUUCUUCCACCUGGACAAGGUCCUAAACUUUCUAUGAGCAAUAACGAUUGGCUCCAUUUUGAGAAUAGAUUAACAAAACUGGAACAAGAUUUUGAUAAGCAUCAUAAAGUUAUGAACGCUCUACAGGAGCAAGCGGCAAAAAUAAAAAAUAAUUUCCUGCCUGUCAUGCAAUCGGCUGGUUACUUUAAUCGUUCCAAUAUCAAGGUUUUACAUUCAGGAAAAAGUCUUACAUGUAAUUUUAAUAUUCAAAAAGUUCCUAAGGUUGACAUACAGAUGUUAGAACUAUAUAAACAAUUGGAGUUUGAUAAUCCGGACGGUGGGGUUUGGAAGCAGGGCUGGAACAUUGUAUACGACGAGAAACAGUGGCAUCCUAAUAGAAAGUUAAAAGUUUUUGUCGUGCCACAUUCGCACAAUGAUCCCGGAUGGUUAAAUACUUUCGAAAAGUAUUACAUGUUUCAAACGAGGAACAUACUCAACAAUAUGGUGAUUAAGUUGGGUGAGGACAGGAGGCGCAAGUUUAUUUGGGCGGAGAUAUCAUUUUUUAAGCUCUGGUGGGAUGAUCAAUCUAAGGAGAUAAGGGAUGAGGUACGUCGUCUGAUACACGACGGACAAUUGGAAAUCGUAUCGGGAGGAUGGGUGAUGCCAGACGAAUCCGUGUCACACUGGAUCGCCCAGCUCACACAAUUAACUGAGGGCCAUCAAUGGCUAAAGUACAAUCUAGAUUACACGCCAAAUUCAGGUUGGGCCAUCGAUCCGUUUGGUCUCUCUCCUACGAUGCCGUAUCUCCUGAAGAAUUCAGGCCUAGAAAAUCUUUUGAUACAGCGGGUUCAUUACUCGGUGAAGAAGAGAUUGGCCAAGGACAAGAGUCUCGAAUUCCGUUGGAGACAAUUGUGGGAUAACGACGGCUCCACAGAAUUCUUCACUCAUGUCAUGCCGUUUUACAGCUACGACGUUCCUCACACGUGCGGACCAGAUCCGAAAGUGUGCUGUCAGUUUGAUUUUUAUAGAAUACAGAAUUUCGGUCUCAGUUGCCCGUGGAAAGUCCCACCGAAGACUAUCACUAAGGCGAACGUAGCGGAGAGAGCGUUGCUCUUAUUAGAUCAGUAUCGCAAGAAAGCGCAACUUUUUAAGACUGACGUGGUGCUCGCACCUUUGGGCGACGAUUUCAGAUAUACACACCUCACUGAAUGGGAGGUUCAGUACGACAAUUAUCAGAAACUCUUUAAAUAUAUGAAUGAGAAUCAACAUUUGAAUGUCCAAAUACAAUUUGGAACGUUGAGCGAUUAUUUUGAAGCUGUCAGAGAGAAACACAAUAUGAAUAAUUUUCCUACUUUAUCUGGUGAUUUUUUUACGUAUUCCGAUAGAGACGAUCAUUAUUGGAGUGGUUAUUACACCUCCAGGCCUUUUCAUAAGAGAUUGGAUCGUGUAUUGUUGGGUGCUUUGAGAGGAUCGGAGGCGUUAGCAGCAAUAGCUUGGGCCAGAGGCAAUGAUCAGUUAGUAGAAGGUAGCCUGGCGUCUCGUUUAAGCAAGGCCAGGAUGUGGCAUUCUUUGUUUCAACAUCACGAUGGCGUUACUGGCACUUCUAGGGAUAAUGUUAUGAUAGACUAUGCCCAGAAGAUGAUAACUGCAUUGAACAAUUCGGCUCAUGUACUUCAACAAUCUAUAGCGCAUUUAUUGAGGACUCCUCAAACGUCAUCUAUGGAUGUGGAAGCCGUGUAUUUUUCAUUGGAUGAAACUAGGUCGCAUCACACGAGUGUGGGUGAGAAACAUGUUCUUAAUCUCGGAGAUGACAAGCCAUCGAGAAAAAUUAUUCUGUACAAUCCUCUCCCAAGGCAGAGAACAAAAGUGCAAACUUUGAUUGUAUCGACGCCAUUCGUUAGAGUUACAGAUCGAAAAGGACAGGCUGUCAAGUGUCAAGUAUCUCCUGUUUGGAUUGGUCCAGCUGCAUUGUCUGCAGCUAGAUACGAACUAUCAUUUUUAGUUAAUGUACCAGGAUUUGGUAUUACCACAUACAUAGUUCACGUGCUACACAGACCAUCAUAUACGAAAGAUUUGUAUCUGGCUAACGUCACUAUUUUCAACACUGACAUAAGCUUUCCAUCAAUACCUGGCUUCAAUCACCUGACUAUUUUGCCGCACACGCAAGAGUUUUCAAUUUCUCAACGACCGGAACUGUCGGCUUCUUUCGGAAAAUCCGGUUUGUUGAAAGCCCUGCGAGUUGACAACAUCACCUUUCCUGUGCAUCUAGAUUUUGUGAAAUAUGGCACCAGAAGUUCUGGUAAAGAUAAAAGCGGUGCUUACUUAUUCUUACCCGAUAAGCCAGAACCAGACGUCGUGUUUAUGGACAGCAGAGCGAUUAUUCAUUUGGUAACUGGACCAAUUUUGUCGAAGGUGUUCAUAGAAUUGCCGCACGUACGACAUACUUGUACGCUGUUUAAUUCUCCUGGCAGUGACGGACUCGGAUUGCACAUAUUUAAUGAGGUCGAUAUAACGGAAACGCAAAACUAUGAACUUGCGAUGCGUUUCAAUACGGAUAUCGCGUCCGGCGAUCAAUUCUUCACAGAUUUAAAUGGACUCAAUAUAAUUCGACGACAAAGAUUUCCUAAACUCCCCACGCAAGGAAACUACUAUCCGAUGGCGGCAAGCGCAUAUAUAGAAGAUAAAAGAGUUAGAUUAACAAUCGUCACAGCGCAGCCAUUGGGAGUAGCCUCUAUGGCGUCUGGUCAACUUGAACACAUAAGAGCAUACAAGGAAACAAAGAGGCUGAUCAGGCAGUCAAGGAAGCUGCACGCACAGGAACUAAGAUACCUUUUAAAACUCCACACACGGAUCUACAUGCUGAAACUGCGAAAACAGAAAGUACCUCAAACGCGAGGAAAUAGUCGUCAUUAAUCGCAUCAGGAGCGAUUACUAUAAUCUAGCAUAUAGUCUUCAUAGGAAAAAUAUCGUUCAGAACAAAUACUGUCGUUGUGGGGAGAGUUAUGAAGACAUUAAUCACGCUAUUUUUUAUUGGCCGUUAUAUAGAGACAGAGCCAAAUUCCUAAUUAAGUACCUCAAAGAAGUUUCCUAAUUUUCCAAUAUCUAUUUUCCACAUCCUUGUUUAUCCACGUACUAAAUUAUGUCGAUUAAUCCUUGCUUUUUUUAAAUCAUGUGGUUUAAUCAUUUGAUCCUUCCCGUUCGGGCGCUUUGUCGGGGUUCGCGGUUAGUAAGAUAGAAACACCUAUAUGCAUGUAUAAAGUACUUGUAUUUGUGUCCGUGUACGCGCCAGCAUCGAGCUGUUGAAUCAGCGUUGCUAACAGCAUAACUAUGAAUCACCAAUUGACCUGAGGAGUUUAGGAAACUCUGUGUGUGCCUAACUUUGCUCGAGGGAUAGCCGUAACACUUCUUCUGGAUUAAUUACUGGGCAGAGAGGAACCCGAGAGUAGACAAGCUUCGAGUUUAGGUGAAACCUUAUUUCGAAACGCCUCUAUGUUUCCCCCAAAAAUGAACAUUAAACUACAUAGUCAAUGUCCAUUUUUUUGUGUUGGUAAUAUCCAUGUUUUCCUUACAGCGAUGCUAUAAGAAUCACGAAAUGAUGAAUCACAAUAGAUUUUAUUGUUCAUCUUUAUCUAACGCAUAUCAC